AUCGUGACGCGGGUACUCACUUCCGCCGGAUAGCUGAUUUCGUUCAAUGAGAUUGCGAAGGGACUAAAAGCAAUUUCGUGUCUUGUUUUCACAGUCCCGUUACCCUUUUGUGGCCAAAAAAGUUGGACCCGCGUUGGCGAUAAGAAGUCAUGAAGUUAGUUAGGUUUUUGAUGAAAUUAAGUCACGAAACGGUCACAGUGGAACUUAAGAAUGGCACGCAAGUGCACGGCACAAUCACAGGGGUAGAUGUGAGCAUGAACACACACCUGAAAGCUGUUAAAAUGACCGUGAAGAACAGAGAACCUGUUCAACUGGAGACAUUAAGCAUUCGAGGAAAUAAUAUACGUUACUUUAUUCUUCCAGACAGUUUGCCUCUUGACACUUUACUUGUUGACGUGGAGCCAAAAGUAAAGUCAAAGAAAAGGGAGGCUGUUGCUGGCAGAGGAAGAGGCAGAGGCCGUGGUAGAGGCCGAGGGCGAGGAAGAGGGAGAGGAGGCCCAAGGAGAUAACUAAUGAAAUGUAUGAAAACUUCACCAUUUCAGGAUGUUUUUUUUACAGUUUCUCAUACCCAGAUGCACACACUUCAUGAUAUUACUUGUUAAGUACUUAUUGAGGCUUUUUUUAACUAAGGCAGGGUGGUUUGGUUUGGUUUGGUGCAGUAGCCAUACAGAAUAAGCUCUGAGAUAUACUCGGGUAGAAAAUACAUCUUAAUUGAUUGUUAUGCGUUACUGCACUGGUGCCCUUUGCAUUCUUGCAACAUAUUUCCUUGACCUGCAGCAGUGUUAUACAUGAAUCCUUGUGAUGUGAUUUUCUUCACUGCUAGUUCACACCAGUUAAAAUUGUGUCCUUUCAUUUGUCAAGCACAGAUAUUUUUCAGGUUGUUAUUUAACUUCACAAAUCAAUUCAAAUUUUGGGACUACAGCUGUAAUUAGGUAAUUGGUAUUAAACAUUGGCAUUUGUUUCCUUGUUCCUGAGUUUGUUUGUUUUUGUAAUUGAGGUAGUUGUUGUUUCUUUGUUUUUAAUGCAUUUAAGUUGCAUUUAAAAGCCUAAUAAAACAGGUUUUUCAUAAA